ACCUGUACAAAGAAAACAUUUUUCCCUGUGUUUGAGUUGUGCCUUUUGUUUAUGUAUCUUGCCAUAGAUUAUCAAUUUGUUUUAUGUUCACAUAUGGACUGAGAAAACAGACCUCAUUCAAAAUGCAAGUCUCAAUGUGUUAAUACCUAAAUUAUAUUAACAGGGAUUGCUUGCAUGUUGACGCACUGGACCUUCAAACGUCUUUUGACUCUUUUCAUUUGCCCUAAGACUCCCUGUCUUAUUUACUUUUACAUACCAUUUUUUAUGGACCAGUAUACAGGUGAAUAGUUUCUGUUUAGAUCAAUUACUAUUCUGAUUGGUUUAAAGCAAAAAGGGACUUUUUAAACACAAUAGUCACACGUCAUCUGUUUUUCUGAUCUGUGCCUGCCAGGGCAAUCCUUCUUUUUUUCCUCAGACUCAUCGGUUUAUUGGGAUAAAACGUUUGUCUCAUAACAUUGAUCUCAUUGUAGCCAAGCUGCACUCUGUCUCAGUCCAGUCUAACGUUAUGAGUCUAAUUACCAGCAGGCGACUCUAAAUGAGCUUACUUAUUGAGGGCCAGUUUUACUGGGAGGUGUGACAUUUGGAGCGAGUUUGCAACGACGUGCAGCAUAGGUGUAUUAUUUGUUGUAUUUUAUCUUUGUUGCUGCUUAAUCUCUUUGCUAAAGGGAGCUGAUUUUAAAAAAGUGACUGCAAGCAUUGCAAACAAUAACCAAGAGUGCUUCAUUAUCUUUAAAAGGUUAAAGUUUAACAUUAGUUAUGAGCAAUGUGCAGCUAGAUGACAAAACAAAUUGAGGGAAUAAUCUUUUAUGUGACCUAAGGGAAAAAAAAAAAAACCUAAUAAAGAAAUGGGUGUGGCAUUCAGUUUACAGAUCAUUAACAGCAUGAAAAGUGUUUUGAAGUUUUAAGCUCUGUUAUGAAGUUUGUUUUAAAGUCAUUUGAAAAAAAGAUUUUUACAACAGAUAUUACACAUUUUAAUACUUGUAUUAUCUGCGUAUUUUACUUCAUUCUAACAGGUUAUUCGCAAAUCAUGGAAAAUGAUGGGCAUAGGGAACCAGAUUAUUACAAAUUUUCAACAAAUUUGUAGUAAAUAAGUUGAAGACAGUGGUUUGAAACUGACUGAGUUUUUGUUUUUGUUUUUGCUUUUUAGAGAGUCUAAAAAUAUUUUGGAGAUCUUUUCUAAUUUUGCACAAUGUGUCAGAUUCCUGUAAGGUGACCACAGUUCUGAGUAAUAUGAGAACACAGGAAAAGCAGCCACAAACACAGACAGAAUGUGUCUGAUCUGUCUGUAUUUAAGCUCAGAAGUCGCACCAGGUUGCAGAAUUCCAGUUCUGCUCCCUGAUGUUUGUGCUUCACAAGAAGAUGAGUUCUCAUUAAGCAUGAGCUGGAGCAGUACUGCCAUUUCUAACCUAACGAAGCAGCAAAAGAUUUACCUCCCAAUGCUGUUGCAAUGGCGGCAGGAGAAUUGAAAACAGUGCUGAACGGCAGGGGGGGUUUCCAGACUCCUCUUCUGGACCAGAGACCACGGAAGAAGUCUCGCAAGAAGCUCCAAGUUGUCAUUUGUGUUCUGCUUGUGGAGUUGUGUGAGAGGUUUACAUUCUUUGGGAUUGUAUGUAACAUGAUUCUGUUCUGCACCGUGAAGCUGGGCUAUGACAACUAUCUGGCUGCAACUGUCAACCUGUGCUUCAUAGGAACCAGCACCCUGACCCCAGUUCUGGUUGGGUGGUUUGCAGAAACCUGCUUAGGAAGGACUAAGGUCCUUUACUUGUGUGCAUUUCUUCAUUUCUUUGGCACAGCCAUGCUGCCAGUUGUUGCGUUUCCAUUUGAAGAUUUCUACAUUGACACUCAUCACAUGACCCACAAGCUGGACCCCAUGGAGCAGCAGGUCUUGUUUUAUUUGGGCCUGCUGGCUGCCGUGCUCGGCAUCGGUGGGAUCAGGGCCAUCCUCUGUCCGAUGGGAGCCUACAGUCUGCAGAGCUAUAACCAGCACCAGCUCCUGUCGUUCUUCAACUGGUUCUACUGGUUGGUGAAUCUAAAUUCCACUGUGGUGUUUUUGGGCAUCGCUUACAUCCAGCAGUCCGUGGCCCAAAAUCUGGGCUUCCUCAUCCCUUUCACCUCUGUGCUGCUGGCUCUCAUUGCCAUCCACAUGAUGCGGAGCAAACUCACCUACAAACCCACGAGAGGUGGAUCUUUAUUGACCACACUGGGAGUUUUUCUGAACUCUUUCAAAAUGUGCUGCCUCCGGCAUCGUCACCUGAGUGGAGAUGUGGUGUCCUGGCUGGACCGGGCCAAGGAGAACAACGGUGGGCGGUACAGCGAGACCCAUGUGGAAAAUGUCAAAGUCUUGACGAAGCUCUUUCCUCUCUAUGGGCUUCAGCUGCUGUACAGAGUCUGCAUCACACAGAUUCCCUCAGGUUACUACAUACAGACCAUGAACUCAAACCUCCACCUCGGUGACCUUCUGCUGCCAAUUGGUGCCAUGAAUGUCAUGAGCAUCCUACCUCUCCUGCUCUUAGCCCCCCUGAUAGAGUUUGUGACAACCUUCUUCCUCUCCAUUGAGAAAACUCCACUGGCACCUGCAAGGGUCAUAACUUUGGGCCAUACAUGUGCUGCUGUGUCUCUCCUGGUGGCUGGUUUUUUGGAGCUACACAGGAAGGCCUACCCACUGGUAGAGCAGACCCUGUCUGGGAAGGUUCUGCAUGUGUCAUCCAUGCCAUGUUUCCAGCUGGCCCCUCAGUACAUCCUGCUUGGUGUAGCUGAGGCUCUCGUCACUCCUGCAUGUUCCCUCAUAUCCUUCCAGCUGAUCCCAAGCCACAUCAGGGGGAUCUCCCUGCACUUUCUCACUCUAUCCUACGGAGGGGGAUGUUUACUUGGUGCCUUCAUCAUUCAGCUGGUGCAUUUUUGCUCUAGAGGUAAUUUCUACCCAAACUCUCUCCAUGAUGGGAAUCUCGAGAGAUUCUUCUUCCUUCUGGCCUUGCUGAUGACGAUAAAUACUCUCCUGUUCUGGAGAUUAUCAUACAGGUACAUGGACCUGAGUGUUCAGGGUAAACCACUGAACAGCAGCUCUCUGUCUGAGAAGCUGCUUCAUUAUAAUGCCACACUGCGCUUCUACGACACCAUAGAACAUCUCUCUACUGACUCUGUUCUGUGACUGCCUUUACUGACAUCACCCGAUAGUGGCGCUGGCGCUGCAUAUUUCUGUGUCAAUAAUGUAUAAAAUGAUAUAUUGUGAAGUAAAAUUUAUAAAUACAA